ACGGUACUCGAUCAUCCAAUGGACUCUUCGACGGGAUACAUGGUGGAGUGCGAUUUAAGGAUUCCAGAUGGUGUGCAUGACAUGAUGAAUGAUUAUCCGUUGGCUCCUGAGAAGAUGAAGGUGACACGAGAUAUGCUUUCUCCAUAUCAGACCCACAUGGCAGAGAAACUAAUGGUGAGCGGUUUGGAAGCGAAGAAACUGGUGCCAAAUCUACUACCGAAAGAGCACUAUGUUCUGCACUACAGAAACUUGCAGCAGUAUGUGUCCUUGGGUGUGGAGAUUACAGAUGUGCAUCGUGUGCUCUCCUUCACACAACACCCAUGGAUGAAGCCAUACAUCGACACUAAUACUGACCUGAGAAAGCUAUCAACUUCUGAUUUCGAGAAAGACUUCUAUAAGUUGAUGAACAAUGCUGUAUAUGGCAAGACCAUGGAAAACGUUCGAAACAGAGUAAACAUCAAGCUCAUUCGUGAACAGGAUGAAAAACCACGUCUCCAGAAAAGCAUCAACAAACCUUCGUACAUCCGCAGUGUAACCUUUGAGAACGAUCUGAUAGCAAUCGAGUUUGCCAGGACAAAGGUGACUCUCAAUAAACCCAUUUAUGUGGGUACAGCCAUCCUCGAUCUGUCGAAGCACUUGAUGUAUUCCUUUUACUAUGAAGUUCUCCUACCCCGCUAUGGACAAAAUGUACGUUUGCUCUACACUGAUACUGAUAGUCUGAUCGUACAUAUUCAAACGGAUGAUCUGUACACGGAUAUGUCAAACAACAUAACAGCCUAUGACACAUCCAACUAUUCACCAUCCCACCACCUGUACAGCACGGUCAACAAGAAGGUGGUAGGGAAGUUCAAGGACGAACUAGGUGGCAAACCCAUCAAGGAGUUCAUUGGUUUGCGGAGCAAGAUGUACGCAUACCGCUGUGAAGACAACGACGACAAUGGCAAGCGUGCCAAAGGUGUGCAGAGAAGCGUGUUGAAAAACACCAUAACCGUCGAUGAUUAUCGAACAUGUCUCGUCGAGGAGUCUCAGCUGAAGAGAACAAUGAAUGUUCUUCGAAGUCGACGACAUUGCAUUCACGGAGAGGACCUACACAAGAUUGCCCUCAGUGGAUUCGACAGUAAGCGCUACAUUCUGGAGGAUGGUAUCAACACCCUGGCAUUCGGACACAAGGAUAUUCCAAAGCACUGAUGGA